AAGAAGCAGAGAGACAGAAUCACAAUGGCUGAGUUCAGACAGAUUCAAAUGUCUUUAUUUCUUGUGACGCUGCUUCAGUUUACAGCAGUGACCGGACAGUUUUUCCACACUUUCACUGUCAGAGUUGGAGAUGACAUCACUCUGUCUUGUGAAAAUGUGAGAGACGGGCAGGAUAACUGCGACAGUACCACAUGGCUCUUCAGUAAAUCAAGAAGCACACGGACAGUAGCUCUGGCUCGUGGUUGGCAGAUUGUUGAAAAAGCUAAAUCAGACAGACUGAGUGUUACAGAGAAAUGUUUUCUGGUUAUAAAGGAGGUCACAGAUGAGGAUGUUGGUCAUUACACCUGCAGAAAGCUAACAUCAGAGCAACGAACCUCUGUGGUUAUUCUGUCUGUUGUUACCAUGACUGAACGUCAGGACACUGAUGAGGUGACAUUAACCUGCUCUGUGAGGACAUAUGAACGAUGUCCACACACAGUGAAGUGGCUGUUUCAGGGUCAAGAUGUGGAUAAAGACAACAAGGACAUAAAGACAUCACAGUCUCUCUGCUCUGCCUCUGUGACCUUUCUGACUUCUGUCUACAUUUACACAUCAAGAUAUAAGUUAUUUAAGUGUGCAGUGACUGAUGGUGACAGAGUGCAGGUGUUUCCCUUCAGAUCUCAAUCCUCAGGUGAGAAACCAGACUCAUGGGUGUACAUCACUGUGGCUGUGGCUUUAGCAGCACUCUUAAUACUCAUUGUGGCAAUCAUCGUAUGGAGGAGAACUAAAGGGAACAAAACACAGAUGAGUGACACUAUUGGGCUGACUUCAAACCCUGCAGUGACUCAGGCUGCUCCAGAACCCAGCCAGGACACGAGUGAUCCUGAAGAUGGUGUUUCCUACGCUUCCAUCAGCUACACCAAGAAGACCAACAGUAAAGCCCAGGUUUUGUUUAAAGAUGAAGAUGAUGCAGUGACCUACAGCACCGUGAAAGCUUCUUCUUCUGCUGGAGCCUCUGCUGAUCUCACUAACCUCUACGCUACCAUCAACAAACCAAACAAAUAAGAGAGCACAGUUUAGUUACAGCUCAUAUCGUUACAGUUAUUUUCCAUUGACUGGUUGCUUGAUAUGGAAGAAAGACAUUUAUAUGGGAUAAACAAAUGAUUGGCUCUUGGUCAGGAGAUGUGUGCACAUUGUUCUAUAACUGGGUUU